GUAUUUUACGCUUAUCUUUUUUUCAAAUAUAAACGGAGGUAGCCUAAUACUAAUUAACUCAUAGCCGAUUUGGAUAGGAUAACUCACUGACAUCAAAAAUGAAGAUUUCUUUUAUUCUUAUUUUUGCUAUUAUACUUAUAUUAACUCUUACUGGUGAAAUUGAAGCCAAAAAAUUUUGGAAAAAAGUGGAAAAAGUUGGACAAAAUAUUAGAAAAGCUGCGAAAAAAACCUUACCAAUAAUAGGUGGAUAUGUCGGAAUAGCCAAUCAAAUAAAGGGAGGCAAAAGUUAAUCCGUUAUAUGUUUUCUAUCAUAAAAAACAUAAUGUAGAAAUGAGUUGUAUUUUAGUCUAUACUUUAAAAAAAUAAAUUUAGGUUUAAGGUUAUAAUUAUUAUUGUAUGUGUAGAUAUAUAAUAUAUUUUUUGUAUUACUAAA